GCUUUCUGCACCGACACAUCUUCCAUUUAGGGCCACAUCAGCGUCGGUCCCGACCUCCCCUAAAUCAAAGUGUGUUGCCUGUGGAACAUGUUCGACCUCAUAUCACAUUUUCGUGCUUUCAGAUUCAGGAGUGUAGUCGCACCGCUGGGAUUGGCACGCUUCAAGGCACGAGACAAGAGCUUUCAGAUCCCUGGGACAAGCUUACAGUUGCGAUGGCUGCCAAACUUCUCAUCAGUUAUCUGCUGCUGAGUUCAACUCUGGCUGACAGUGUGGCCCGGUGUACAAGAUCGGAACCGAGCAAAUCGUGCGGUAGAACCCUGACAGCGUACCGUGGGUGGGUCCGGUCCCCAGCCUACCCCAGACCUUACCCCACCCCCAUGUCUGCUGACGACAGGGUCUGCACAUGGGUCAUCAGCCUGCAGCAAGGACACGGCAUCAAAAUCAUAGUCUACGGCUACGACCUGAACUCGGAAGUUACCAGGAAUUCCACCGUCAAGGAUGAAGUACAGAUCUUUGGAGACGGGUCCUGCAGCGACUCGAGGAGGUUAAGAACUUACACAGGGACGUCCGAGCCGACAGACGUGGUGUACGUACCGAACCACCUGGCCUGUCUCAAGUUUUACCGGCGGACGACUGGAAAUGAUUUCCACUCGGGCUUCACCAUCGAAUAUGAAGUGGUGGACGCUUACAGUGAGUGUGGCGGCAGCAAGGCGGUGAAGGUUGUGUCUCAGGAGGGUUACAUCUACAGCCCCGGCUAUCCCUUCGGCACCAACUACCCCCCCUACAUCAACUGCACCUGGGUCAUCCACGCCAAGCCAGGACAGGCCAUACAGGUAAACUUUCUGGACUUCCAGCUCAGCUACUCCUACGGCUGUGACUUCGCCACGGACUACUUACGCAUCGGGAACUCUAACACGUCCUACGACUUCACGUACUGCGAUCAGAAGUACCCCGCACCCUUCAAGAGCAGGAGCAACGUCGCCUGGGUAUUCUUCAAGACGGGACAGUGGAGACAGCGUGGCUUCUGGUUACACUAUAAAGCUGUAGGUGGUGCCACGGCAUCUGACCAGCCCAUGCCGGACAACUGGUCCAAGAACGUCUACUAUUCUUCUGAUGGAGCUGCAGGAGCACCAUAG